CACUUAUGGACACUUUGAAGAAUAAUCAAUGUGUGAAUUCCAUUAUCCAGACCUUUGACAUCAGGUGACAAUACAAGAACCCUCCAAUGGAGACUAAGACGGGGAGUCACAUGAGUAAAAUCUUACAAGGCCAUGCCAACAUUAAUUUUACCACAUAUUUAAAUGCAUCACUUUCCCUUCACCAUCAUGUGAACAAUGCAGUGCUGGGCAUAAUUCUGGCCAUGUUGUGCCUCCUGACAAUCGUCAUGAACAUUCUGGUUCUAUUCGCUGUGAGGAAGGAACGUACUUUACAUACAGUCGGGAACCUUUACAUCGUCAGCCUCUCUUUGGCGGAUUUAAUAGUUGGGGCGACAGUGAUGCCGCUAAACCUUGUCUAUCUACUGGAGGAUGAAUGGAAACUUGGGCGCGUGGUAUGUCAGUUCUGGCUGGUAAUGGAUUACGUAGCAAGCACGGCCUCCAUUUUCAGUUUGUUUAUCCUUUGCCUGGACAGAUAUCAGUCUGUUAGACACCCAUUAAGGUACCUGAAAUACCGAACACGGGGACGAGCGACCCUGAUGAUUUGUUUUGCUUGGCUUCUCUCCAUGACGUGGAUUAUUCCCAUUUUGGGAUGGAGGAUGUUUGCCAACGUCGACCGGAAACCUGAACUAGAAAGCAAAUGCGACACAGACUUUCGCUUCGUCACAUGGUUUAAAGUGCUGACCGCCAUUCUCAACUUUUACAUCCCGUCAUUUCUGAUGCUGUGGUUCUAUUCACAGAUUUUCAUAGCAGUGCGAGAACAUUACAAGCAGUGGGAGAGUGUCACAAUCGCUAAGGUGGUCGCAGAUGAAGACAUGAACGUGCAAAGCUUAAGACAUCAGAGAACAUUCUGUAAAAUGGCAGAGGAAGAGAAUCUGGCUUUGCACACUUACUCGCAAAAGGAUGGCAUGCUGGAUCAGUAUACUUUGGAGCAGGCGUACACCUCGAGGGACACCAAUGAGGAGAUUGGCGAAUCCCUGGCUGAUAAAAAAUCUAAAUAUAGGAAAUCUUCAUUUUUUAAGAUUACAAAAACCAAAAAGAGAACUGAAAGGGAUCCCCAUGAGGUUUCCUCAGUAGACCAGGAAGUCAAUUCUGCAACACCUUCCAAGGAUCCAUCUUUACCUUUAGGCUUUUUGCAACAUGAAGAGAAUGCAGAUCUCAAAAUGUUUGUUUCCGUUACUGAUUGUAAUGUGUUAGUGCCCAAUUCGGUUGCUAAUAUUUGUGAGAUAACCCCCAACACUGAUGUUCACAAACAUAUCACUAUCCUCUGUAACGAUGAUACUAAUGCACAGUCCCCUGUAUCGCAGGGGUCAUGGAUGCACGACGAUAGUCCGAUGAUAGACGGUAGCAACACUAUGACUUUGAGACAAACAUGGCAGAAGUUCUGCGAACAGUCCAGGCAGUGUGUCCAGAACAUGCGCGUUCAUAAGGAACGGAAAGCGGUGAGGCAGUUAGGCUUUAUCAUUGGAGCUUUCAUGGUGUGCUGGAUCCCAUAUUUUAUCACUUUUAUGGUUAUGGCGCUGUGCAACACAUGUGUCCAUCAUGACCUUCACAUGUUCACUAUAUGGUUGGGAUACAUCAACUCUACCUUAAACCCUUUUAUUUAUCCGCUUUGCAAUGAGAAUUUCAAAAGGGUAUUUAAAAAGUUCUUUCGUAUCAAGCAGUGAUUUGUGUCUGUAUGUGUAGCAGCUGUGUACUGAAUGUGUAUGUAAAUAUAUAGUACUUAUGUUGCAUUUAUGUGCGUACUGUAAUUGUGUAUUUUUAGGAGUGCUAAACUUUAAACAGCUUUGUUCACUGGCUCAUAUUAUGUUGUUGUACGCUUGUAAUCUGCAUCAGAUUAAUGCAUCAGUACUAAUACUGAUGGUAAAUGUAUAAUAAACCCUCAGUGAGUUUUGGUGGUACUAAGGUUUGUUUUUUUCACGUACCAUGCUUUGUACGUCUGUGUCUGUGUUUUUGUAGCCUUUUUAUGGUAUACAUGGAUCAGUUUA